CAUCCCACACACAGAAACGCCGCUCAGGAAGGCAAGUGAAGAGGAGGAAGUACAACGAGGACCUGGAUUUCAAGGUGGUGGAUGAUGAUGGCGAGACAAUAGCUGUGCUGGGAGCUGGGCGAACCUCUGCGCUCUCCGCCUCUACUCUGGCAUGGCAGGCAGAGGAGCCUCCUGAGGAUGAUGCCAAUAUCAUCGAGAAGAUCCUUGCCUCCAGGAUGGUGCAGAAGGAGGCUCAUCCCGGAGGCCUGACGUUUGAGAUGGAGGAAUUCUACGUUAAGUACAGGAACUUCUCCUAUCUCCACUGUAAAUGGGCGACUCUGGAGGAGCUGGAGAAGGACCCCAGGAUCUCCCAGAAGAUAAAGCGCUUUCGGAACAAGCAGGCUCAGAUGAAGCACAUUUUCACAGAGCCUGAUGAGGAUUUGUUCAACCCGGACUACGUGGAGGUAGAUCGAAUUCUGGAGGUGGCUCACACGAAGGACCCUGACACCGGGGAGGAGGUGACUCAUUACCUGGUGAAGUGGUGCUCGCUGCCCUAUGAGGAGAGCACCUGGGAGCUGGAGGAGGAUGUCGACCCAGGGAAGAUUAAAGAGUUUGAAGCCCUCCAAAUCCCUCCAGAAACCAAGCACAUGGAGCGCCCGGCAUCUGAGUCCUGGCAGAAACUGGAGAAGUCCCGGGAGUAUAAGAACAGCAACCAGCUGCGGGAGUAUCAGCUGGAGGGAAUGAACUGGCUGCUCUUUAACUGGUAUAACAGGAAGAACUGCAUCCUGGCUGACGAGAUGGGGCUGGGGAAGACAAUCCAGUCAAUCACCUUCCUCUCAGAAAUAUUCCUGAUGGGGAUCCAUGGCCCCUUCCUCAUCAUCGCACCUCUCUCCACCAUCACCAACUGGGAGAGGGAGUUCCGCACCUGGACAGAGAUGAAUGCCAUCGUGUACCACGGCAGCCAGAUCAGCCGGCAGAUGAUCCAGCAGUACGAGAUGGUGUACAGGGACACCCAGGGUAACCCUCUCCCUGGGAUCUUCAAGUUCCAGGUGGUUAUCACCACCUUUGAGAUGAUCCUUGCUGACUGCCCGGAGCUGAAGAAGAUUCAGUGGCGCUGCGUGGUCAUUGACGAGGCACAUCGCCUGAAGAACAGGAACUGCAAACUCCUGGAGGGGCUGAAGCUCAUGGCCCUGGAGCACAAGGUGCUGCUGACAGGGACGCCCCUGCAGAACUCGGUGGAGGAGCUCUUCAGCCUCCUGAAUUUCCUGGAGCCACAGCAGUUCCCCUCAGAGACAGCCUUCCUGGAGGAGUUUGGAGACCUGAAGACAGAGGAGCAGGUGAAGAAGCUGCAGUCCAUCCUGAAGCCCAUGAUGCUGCGACGGCUGAAGGAUGAUGUAGAGAAGAAUCUGGCACCCAAGCAGGAGACCAUCAUUGAGGUGGAGCUGACCAAUAUCCAGAAGAAAUACUACCGGGCCAUCCUGGAGAAGAACUUCUCCUUCCUCUCCAAGGGUGCCAACCAGCACAAUAUGCCCAACCUCAUCAACACCAUGAUGGAGCUGCGGAAGUGCUGCAAUCACCCGUAUCUCAUCAACGGGGCAGAGGAGAAGAUCCUGGAAGACUUCCGUAAAACACACAGCCCGGAAGCACCGGACUUCCAGCUGCAGGCGAUGAUCCAGGCGGCCGGGAAGCUGGUGCUCAUUGAUAAGCUGCUUCCCAAACUGAUUGCCGGUGGACACAAGGUGCUCAUCUUCUCCCAGAUGGUGCGCUGCCUCGACAUCCUGGAAGACUAUCUCAUUCAGAGGCGGUACACCUAUGAGCGCAUUGAUGGGCGGGUGCGUGGGAACCUGCGCCAAGCUGCCAUCGACCGCUUCUGCAAGCCCGACUCGGAUCGCUUCGUCUUUCUCCUGUGCACGCGGGCAGGCGGGCUGGGCAUCAACCUGACCGCUGCUGACACCUGCAUCAUCUUUGAUUCGGACUGGAACCCACAGAAUGACCUCCAGGCUCAAGCUCGCUGCCACCGGAUUGGGCAGAGCAAGGCAGUGAAAGUCUAUCGCCUCAUCACCAGGAACUCCUACGAGCGGGAGAUGUUCGACAAGGCCAGCCUGAAGCUGGGCUUGGAUAAGGCUGUGCUGCAGGACAUCAACCGCAAGGGCAGCACCAACGGGGUAGGUCAGCUGUCCGAGUGGGGCCAGGCGGACCUGUUGCGGAAGGGUGCCUACGGUGCUCUCAUGGACGAGGAGGAUGAAGGAUCGAAGUUCUGCGAGGAAGACAUUGAUCAGAUCCUCCAGCGCAGGACACAGACCAUCACGAUCCAGUCUGAGGGGAAGGGCUCCACCUUUGCCAAGGCCAGCUUCGUAGCAUCCGGAAACAGAACUGACAUUUCCUUGGAUGACCCCAACUUCUGGCAAAAGUGGGCCAAGAUAGCAGAACUCGAUACGGAUGCCAAGAAUGAAAAGGAGAGCCUGGUCAUUGACAGGCCCCGGGUGCGGAAGCAAACCAAACACUACAACUCUUUUGAAGACGAUGAGCUGAUGGAGUUCUCCGAGCUGGACAGUGACUCGGACGAGCGGCCCACACGCUCGCGGCGCUUCAACGAGAAGACGCGGCGAUACCUGCGGGCUGAGUGCUUCCGCGUGGAGAAGAACCUGCUCAUAUUCGGCUGGGGACGCUGGAAAGAUAUCCUGACCCACGGGCGGUUCAAGUGGCACCUGAAUGAGAAGGACAUGGAGAUGAUUUGUCGGGCUUUGCUGGUCUAUUGCGUCAAACACUACAAGGGAGAUGAGAAGAUUAAGAGUUUUAUCUGGGAUCUCAUCACGCCGACGAAGGAUGGCCAGAACCAGGCUCUGCAGAAUCACUCAGGCUUGUCAGCACCGGUGCCCAGAGGCAGGAAAGGGAAGAAGACAAAGAACCAGAUGCUGCUUCCUGAGAUAAAGAAUGCGGACUGGCUUGCCACCUGCAACCCUGAGGUCGUCCUGCAUGACGACAGCUACAAGAAGCACCUCAAACAGCACUGCAACAAGGUUCUGCUGCGGGUGCGAAUGCUCUACUACCUGAAGGCUGAAGUGCUAGGGGAGGCCGCGGACAAAGCCUUCGAGGGGACCCCCGCCAGGGAGCUGGACGUGCUGCUGCCAGACAUUGACUACGUGGAGAUCCCAGUGGACUGGUGGAACGCUGAAGCUGAUAAAUCCCUGCUCAUCGGCGUCUUCAAGCACGGUUACGAGAGGUACAAUGCCAUGCGGGCCGACCCGGCGCUGUGCUUUCUGGAGAAGGUGGGCAUGCCGGAUGAGAAGCUGCUCUCUGCGGAGCAGGGCGUCAGCGAUGGGGCCCAGGAUGCUGCCGAAAGGGGCAGCAUGGACAAAGAAGAGAGCGGUGGAGAAAAGCUGGAGGGGCUGCCAAAGCAGGAGGAUGUCGUGGCCGCUGGGGUGGGCGAAGCCAGUGAGAAGCGGGACGAGGCAGCGGCAGCCCAGGAUGGCUCCGACUCAGACAGAUCCUGCUGGCCUGUCUCAUCUGCCCUCACAGCCAGACUGCGGAGGCUCGUCACCGUCUACCAGCGCUGCAAUCGCAAAGAGCUGCCUCCCCGCGCCGAGAUGCUGGUGCCUGGUAACCAUGGAUACUGGCUGCAGGACGAGAUGUUCAGGAGAGCCUCUGAGAUGGACUCGGUGAACAAAGAAAUGCAGAAAAGGUGGACCAGGAGGGAGCAGGCAGAUUUCUACCGCACUGUCUCCUCCUUUGGGGUUAUCUAUGACCAGGAGAAAAAGAUCUUUGACUGGGCCCAGUUCCGAGCCAUCUCUCGACUGGAGAAGAAGACAGAUGAGAGCCUGGAGAAGUACUUCUACAGCUUCGUGGCCAUGUGCAAGAAUGUCUGUGGUCUCCCACUGUGGAAAGAGGACGGUCCCCCAGACCCUGACAUCUACGUGGAGCCCAUCACGGAGGAACGUGCCGCCAGAACCCUCUACCGUAUCGAGCUUCUGCGAAAGGUGCGCGAGCAGGUGCUCAAGUGUCCGCAGCUCCACGAGCGGCUCAAGCUGUGCCGGCCGAGCCUCUACCUGCCGGUGUGGUGGGAGUGUGCCAAACAUGAUCGAGACCUGCUGAUCGGCACCGCCAAGCAUGGCCUGAAUCGCACUGACUACUACAUCAUGAAUGACCCCCAGCUGUCUUUUUUAGAUGCGUACAGGAACUAUGCCCAGCAUAAAAGAACGGGGCUCCCAGGCCCAGAAACCCUGUGCUGCCUUUACCAGACUAACUCCAAACUCUACAGUUCCCCUCUGUACAGCCAGGUGGACCGGACCUGUGAAUCCCUGGAGAACGAAGCCGAGAGUCAGAUCAAACUAGAAACCAUAGACAGCACUAUGUCCCAGGCUGGGGGCAGUCCGCCGGAUGCAAACUGUGAAACAUUCAUGUCUAAAGUCCGGGACAUCAUUUCCAGUAACUAUGAUGAGAGCUCUUUGCCGGACUCGUUGGUGUGCAUGAUGUACGAUGAGAAGGCCUGUAACAGUGAGCAAAGCUCCCUUGCCCGAGACAGCCCCAGUUGCACAGAUGUUGGAAGCAGCGUUGCUAAACUCUCCGAGGGCAAACUAGAGGGAGACGAGGAUCCGUCCAGCUGCGAUGCAGAUGCCAUGAGAGAGACUCCCUUCCUAGAGGGUUUGCAGGUGGGCUGUGACCGAACAGACAGUCAGAACGAGGAAGCUGAGCCUUCGCCUUCUACCCCUGAAAGCGACCCUUCGCGGAGCGCCCCAGCAGAGCUCUGCGAAGCCUUGCAGCAGAAGGGAGACCUCACCAGACCUGCGCCAGUGCUGCCUGAGCACGGUGCCAUGGAAGGGGUCUUAAGCGUGGGGCUCUACAGUCCCGGUCUUCAUAACUAUGAAAUAAAGGUUCCUCCUGAGCAGAGAUUCAUCAGUCUGCUGCAGGAGAAAGGAAUGGAGGCAAAGUCAGGGCCAAGUCAGAGCCACAGCGAGGAAGAUGAGGAGGAAGAAGACGACGAUGAUAACUCUGAGGCAGCAGCAGAUGUUGUGGAAGGCAUGAGUGGUCCCAGGACCAGGGCCGGUUGUGACCCCGAGGCCAGUGAACUGGGGGGUGAGGAGCAGAGCUCUGGCCUCCCCACACCCGAGGACACUUGCCCAGAAGAUGUGAAUGGCGAGAGAGAGUCCCUGGGGCUGAGGACAGCUGAAGGGCUGGGGGAGCCUGGGCCAGAGGGCAGGGAGGACCGUGGCCUGGAUGAGGAAAGCACCCUGCAGCACUCACCGGGCCAGGCUCAGAGCCAGGCUUUCAGCCUGCCUGCACCUCUGCUGGGGGCCCCAGGGGCAGAGCCCCCCCGUGCUGGGGGGGAGGCCUGGGGCCGCGGGGCCGAGGGGCAGUCAGGCUGCAGAGUCACCCUGCACCCCGAGCCCCAGGGGGUGAAGCAAGAAGAGCGUGAGAACAGAGAUGAGGAGAAAGCCAGCAGCAGCCAGAGUCAAGACGGUCCAGAGAAGUACCCGGAGGAGGAGAGCAAGAGUUCUGCUUCCGUCCUGCCUGGGGAGAUCGAUGACCUUCAGGAUGCCCGGGCACCGACCAUAGCCCAGCUGCUGCAGGAGAAGACACUUUACUCCUUCUCUGAGUGGCCUAAGGACCGUGUGAUCAUCAACCGCAUUGACAACAUCUGCCAUGCCAUCCUGAAGGGCAAGUGGCCUUCCUCCAGCCAGCAGUUUGAGACACAAAGCCUGCUGACGGCUCCAGCGGUAGCCAGCAAUGCCGGCAGCAGGAACAGCUUUGCCGAGUCAGAAGCCGCCGAUCCCAGCUUCAAUAACGGGGUGUUAAUCUCACAGGUACAAAAGGAAGGUUUCCUGACCCCUGCCUUCGCAAAGGAGGAGCGGAAGCACAGACGGCCCUAUGAAUUUGAGAUGGAGAGAGACGCCAAACAGCGGAGCUUGGAGCAGCUAGCAGCAACCCAUGUUCAUCCUGGCUGGCGAGACGCGGCGGUGGACUUGUCCAGAGCCUCUGAUGGGUCCCCAGGGAACUCCUCUCCUUUCCCCCUGAACACAAACAUGCCCAAGCUGGGGACCGUGAACACCCUCCAGGGCUCCCUGGGCAUGGACUUGUCUGGCAUCCUCCAGGCAGGGUUAAUCCAUCCUGUCACGGGACAAAUUGUAAACGGCAGCCUCCGAAGAGACGAUGCUGCCAUGAGGAGGAGACGGGGCAGGAGAAAAAAUGUAGAAGGGAUGGACCUCAUCUUCUUGAAGGAGAGGCCUCUUCCAACCAGGCUGCAGGAUGUGCAGGAAGACCAGCCACAGCCCCCCCAGACCAGUCCCCUCCCCGAUGGGCCGGUUGCUGCUACCUCAACUCCACAGCCAGUCCCAGCUGUGGGCAGCCAGGCAGAGAAGGCUGUCCCGAAUAAGAGUCUCCUCGACUGGCUCCGUCAGCAGUCCGACUACACACUCGACGUUCCCGGCUUUGGCACAAGUUUUUCAGACAAGCCCAAGCAGAGGAGGCAACGCUGCAAGGACCCCAGCAAAUUGGACAUUAACUCACUCACGGGAGAGGAGCGGGUGCCUGUGGUACAUAAGGGUACCGGACGGCGGUUAGGGGGAGCCACGGCACCAGCAUUGAAGGAAUUGCCAAGGUGGCUUGAUGCAAACUUGGAGUAUGCUGUUGCAGCUGACUGGGCUGACAUUGUUAAGCUUUCA